AUGGCCGAGCCUCACACAACCAAACGCCUCCGGAUCGGCGUCGACGUGGGCGGCACCAACACCGACGGCGUCAUAAUCGACCCGUCGCAGGCCUCGUCGCCCAACAAGGGCAUACUAGCCUACCACAAGGCGCCGACGACGACGAACCCGAGCGACGGCAUCAACGCGGCCAUCACGCACAUGUUCACGGCCUCGGACCCGCCCGUCAGCCCGGCGGACGUGGCCUCGGUGGCGAUCGGCACGACGCACUUCGUCAACGCCGUCGUCGAGCGGGACGCGGACCGGCUGUGCAGGGUCGCGGUGCUGCGGCUCGCGGGGCCGUUCGGCAAGCACGCGCCGCCGUGCGUCGACUGGCCGGACGACAUGCGCGACCUCGUGCUGGGGCACUGGGCCGGCGUGGACGGCGGGCUCGAGGUCGACGGGGUGCUGAUCCGGGAGCUGGACGGGGCCGCCGUGCGGGAGCAGUGCCGGGCGAUCAAGGAGAAGGGCAUCCGCGCCGUCGUCGUCAACGGCGUCUUCAGCCCCAUCGACACGGUGCACCGGCAGGAGGAGCGGGCCGCCGAGAUCGUGCGGGAGGUUCUGGGCGCGGGCGCCGACGUCGUGCUGAGCAAGGAGGUCGCGAACCUCGGGUUCCUGGAACGGGAGAACGCGGCCAUCCUGAACGCCGCGAUACUGCCUUUCGCGCGCAGGACGAUCCGGUCUUUCCAGGACCCCGUGAGGAAGCUGGGGCUGGACUGCCCCGUCUUCAUCACGCAGAACGACGGCACCCUUCUCGCGGGGGAGAUCGCCGCGAGGCUGCCCAUCCGGACGUUUAGCAGCGGGCCGACGAACUCGAUGCGAGGUGCCGCUUUCCUGAUCCAGGGUGAGGAGAAGCAGGAGGGCCAGGCCAUGAUGGUCGUUGAUAUUGGCGGGACCACGACUGACAUCGGGCUCCUCCUCGCCAAUGGGUUCCCGAGGCAGCAGGCGGCUUACAGCGAGCUGGCUGGCGUGAGGAUGAACUUCUCGUGCCCUGAUAUCAAGAGCAUUGGCCUCGGGGGCGGGUCAAUCAUCCGCAAAGGUGCAAAUGACAGGCCCACGACUGUGGGACCGGACUCUGUCGGAUAUAAGCUCACAGAAGAGGCGGUUGUCUUUGGAGGUAGCGUGUUGACAACCACGGAUGCAACCGUUCUGGCCAGGCCGGGUGUGAAGAUUGGCAAUCCAUCACUCGUCCAAGGAAAGCUGACUGGUGAUGAGCUGAGCGAGACGAGCGCUAUCAUCAAGCAGAAACUGGAGAAAGUCAUCGACAUGAUGAAAACUUCCCCCGAGGAUCUGCCAGUCCUGCUUGUGGGCGGAGGUGCCGUCAUAUCUCCCGAUGAACUCAAAGGAGCAAGCAAGGUCCUCAAACCCCGGUACUCAGAAGUUGCCAACGCCAUCGGAGCAGCCAUGGCAAGAGUCAGCGCCGUGGUCGACACAGUCAAGUCGACUGAAACCAAGUCUACACAGAUGCUGCUGGAUGAGAUCUCGGCCGAGGUGACCGAGAAGACGGUUGCCGCGGGUGCAUCGCGCGAGUCCGUCAAGGUCGUCGAGAUGGAAACGCUCCCGUUGCAGUACAUCGCCAACAAGACACGGUUCAUCAUCCGCGCCGCCGGCGAUUUCGACUUUUCGAGGACGGACCUCGCCACCGUCCCACCCGCGAACGACCAAGAGCAAGCCACCAACGACAUGGGCCGGUACGAGAAAAGGACCCGCACGAACGGGUCUUCAUCAGCCGAGCCCAACGGCGCGGAGAAGCCAGCAGCGCGGCGGGAAACAGCAGACGCCGACCCGGCCACGUACCGCCCCACGGUCAAGAACCGCGUCUGGCUCAUCAGCGAGACAGACCUCACCUGGAUCAGCACGGGCUGCUACAUCCUCGGCACGGGCGGCGGCGGGUCCCCCUACUCGCACAUGGUGCGGCUGCGGCAGAUGCUCCGCGCCGGCGCCGUCGUGCGCGUCGUGUCGCCGGACGACCUGGCGGACGACGACCGCGUCGGGUGCGGCGGCGGGAUGGGCAGCCCGACGGUGGGGAUCGAGAAGCUCGCCGGCGACGAGAUGAUGCAGGCGCAGGUGGACCUGGGGCAGAUCCUCCCCGUCGACAAGCGGGCGACGCACAUGAUCGCGCUCGAGAUCGGCGGGGGCAACGGGCUGCAGGGGAUGAUGCUGGGCGCGUCGGGGAACAUGGACCUGCCGUGCGUGGACGGGGACUGGAUGGGGAGGGCGUAUCCUACCAAGUGGCAGACCACGCCUGUUGUGUUUAACGAGCGGCAGCCUGUCUUCUGCCCGCUGUCCAUGUGCGACGGGAACGGGAACACGAUCAUCAUGACUAGUGCCACGUCCGACCUCCAGGUCGAGAGGGCGCUGCGGGCUGCGAUUAGCCAGAUGGGCUCGCAUGCCGGCUGUGCCGAGGGCCCUGUGUCUGGCGCCGAGACGAGGCGGUGGGCUGUGGAACACACCAUAUCUGCCGCGUGGAGGAUUGGCAGGGCGGUCGAGAAGGCGAGGCGGGCCAACAUUGUUGACGAGGUCGCGGAGGAGAUCGUCAAAGAGGUUGGGGGGAGAGGGGCGGCCAGAGUCCUAUGGAAGGGCAAGAUUGUGGGCGUGGCAAGGACGCUGAGGAUGGGACAUAUCCCGUUCAAGAACGAGAGCAUCGCGGCUAUCAAGGUGCGUGGCCACAAAAACAACCGAGGCGACAACGAGGCCCUGGAGAAGCAGGAGGACGUGCUUUGCAUUGUGCCGGAUUUGAUUUCCGUCAUUGACGCACAAAACGGCGAGGCUAUCGGCACCCCAGAGUACCGAUAUGGGCUCCUCGUUACUGUUCUGGGGAUUGCAGCCAGCGAUAGAUGGACAGGUUCAGAGAGGGGGGUUGAGAUUGGUGGCCCCGAGGGUUUCGGCAUACAUCACCUCAAGUAUCAGCCACUUGGGAAAUUCGUGAAACCCGUCAGUGUGAUAGACGAGUUCGAUACAAGUGAUUAG